AUUAUGCAGAUGGUUAUAUGCCAUUCAUUAACAGCGCGAAGGAUAUCUAAAUUAUAAGUUGCGUAAAAAAGUGAUAAAAUGGCUUUAUUAAGUAUUAUAAACUGUGGGCUAAUUUGUGUCGGCGUAGCAUUUGCUAUAUUUUCCAUCACAGGAAACUAUUGGUUAUCGGCUUCUUUUUCGCACAGAGGAUUAUGGUUUAAUUGUAGCAAAGCUUGUGAAAAAGUACAUCACAAAAAAGAUAACUUAAUUGUUACUGAAACAUUUAUGAUUAUUGGCUGUUUGACAUACUUUCUUGCUUUCGUAUUAAGCGUGCUAAAUUGUUCAAAGAAAAUAAAUAUCAUAUUCCCUGGUGUUGUACUCUGUGCAACAGAGUAUUAUUUAUUUACAGCCGUAUUCUUGGCGAUUGGAUUAAGUGUCUACACAAUGGAAACUAAUCAAAAUAAAGCAUUAAAAUUAAGCUGGUCUUACAUUAUUGGAUGGUGCUCAUGUAUAAUUUCUACUAUAUCAGCAGUAAUAUGUUUUGUAAUGAAAAGGAAUAAACAGUCGACGUACUCUAUUUUUUAAAGUAUAAAAAAAAAGCUUUGAAAAACCUAAUUUUUUUUUUUUCAUAAUAAUAAUUUGAUGAUAAACAUAUAUUUGAAGCUUUAAUUAAUUAAAAACAAUAUUUUUUAAUUUUUU